AUCCUGAAACUGUUUUCUUCCUUGAAGGCGUCUGGAGAGGAUCUCGAUGGCCGAGCUGCAGCCCCUGGCCGAUGAGCUGACCUGCUCCAUCUGCCUGGAGAUCUUCCAGCAGCCCGUGACUACCCCGUGCGGCCACAACUUUUGCUUGCCCUGCCUGGACAAGACGUGGACCGGCCAGAGCUUCCAAUUCUACUGCCCCCAGUGCCGAGAACCCUUCCAGAAGAGGCCACAGCUGAAGAAGAACACGGUGCUGUGCGCACUGGUGGAACAGCUACAGCAAGUUAAGAUCCACAGGGAUUUGGGGCAGCCCCACAGUGCGUCCCAAGAUGGCGAGCCCUUGGACCCGCAGUCGAGGAAGGGGGACCAGGAGAAGGAUGAGGCGGUUGGGAUCGUGGCCUGUGACUACUGUUUACAGACUCCUGCGGCCAAGACGUGCUUCACCUGCAUGGCGUCCUUCUGCCAGGAGCACCUGCGUCCGCAUCUGGACAACCCCACGUUCCACGGCCACGAGCUGCAAUCGCCCGUCGGGGACCUGGCCCGUCGCAAGUGCCCUGAGCACGGCCGCUUGCGGGAGUUCUUCUGCUCUCAGCACGGCGUCAGCAUCUGCUGCAUCUGCCUGGUGGGGCACAAGACCUGCUCCCCGGUGGCCCUGGACGUGGCCAGGACCGAGCUGAAGUCCAAGAUGAAGCAGAAGCUGACAGUCAUAUAUGAUCAUAUCAAUAUGGCUUCAAGUGCCUUGAGAGAUGUAAAGUUGAAACAACGUGCAGUCCAGGAUACAGCAGCUAGAAAGAUGGACUUGUUGAAACAUGAAUAUGAAGAAAUGAAAGCCCUCAUCGAAUCAGAAGAGAAGAGUUCUCUGAGGAAGCUGAAAGAGGAAGAAAAGAGAGUUUUGGACAAAUAUGACCAUGUUCAUCAGGUCCUGCAAAAGAAAAAGGGGGAAAUUGAGUCUAUAAAAGAAGAGAUUGAACUUUUGCUCACAAAAAAUGAUGAGAUUGCCUUUUUGGAG